GUGUCGCCACCAGAGGGGGCUGCUGUUAUUUCAGCCCAACGCACAGGCGGAACCAUAGGCGGAACACGACGUGGCAAGCCGUUCACUUCCUGUAUUUUUGUGCCGUGUUGACAUCAUAGACAGUAUAUGGUUGACAUCCGUCUGCAGUUGUAUCUUACGUCUGUCAAAACCUGGUCAAAACCCGACUUCCUCGGACUUUGAGGUAGCUUUUAAUUCGCCACUCAGGCCGCUGUUAGUGUGAGGUAAGCAGGUAAGCAGGCUGUUAUCUUACAUGAGGAGCGGGCUGUAAGAGCUCAGCAGCCGGACAAGAGAGAUUAUGGUUGGGCUGCUGAUGGUGUUUCUCGGGGGGCUGUUGGAGGUCUGCAGCGGCGUCUCAACAAACAGAGGGGGGUAUCCCUCCUUUACAGACGAAAUCCCUUUCAAAAUCACCUGGCCUGGCGCUGAAUUCACAAUGCCAGCUUCAGGGGUACUUUACAAGGAAGAUGACUUUGUCAUCAUGACAACAACAGAGAAGGAGAAGUAUAAAUGUCUCCUGCCUUCCCUGGUAUCUGGAGAUGAGGAUGAUGACAAGGAGUACAGUGGGCCUAGUCCGGCUGAACUGCUGGAGCCACUAUUCAAACGCAGCAGCUGCUCCUACAGGAUUGAGUCAUACUGGACAUAUGAAGUAUGCCAUGGGAAGCAUAUAAGACAGUUUCACGAGGAGAAGGAGACUGGCCAGAAGAUUAGUGUUCAAGAAUACUUCCUGGGGAAUAUGGCACAGAAGAGCCAGCCAACAGAUACAGAUAAAGUUGAAGAGGCAGAAAAUGUCAAAUCAGCAACUGAAACUGAUGUGCCCUCUAAGAAUAUAGAAGGCCAGCUGACUCCCUACUUCUCACUGGAGAUGGGAAAUGGGACUCCUUGUGUGCUGAAACAGAACGAGGCUCGCUCCACGUCUUUGCUGUACGUCUGUCAUCCAGAGGCCAAGCAUGAGAUCUUGUCUGUCGCUGAGGUCACUACCUGUGAAUAUGAGGUGGUGGUGUUGACACCGCUGCUUUGCGCACACCCAAAAUACAGGUUCAAGUCCUCCCCGGUGAACGCCAUCUUCUGCCAGGCUCUGGCAGGCUCCCCUUUGCGGCCUCUGCGGCUCGCCCAGUUGGACAAGGAGCAAGAGGAGCAGCUCAAACCACCUUUCAGCGCCCCCUCCGAGACCAGAGAGGAGGAGACGUCACCAAUGAGAGAGGAGGCCUUCACCUCCACCCAAAAACCCAUUGUUGUUGGAGGGCAGUCUCCCAUCUCUCGCUUGACGGAUGACCAGCUAAUCAAGGAGUUCCUCAGCGGCUCGUACUGUCUGCAUGGGGGGGUCGGGUGGUGGAAAUAUGAGUUCUGUUACGGAAAGCAUGUCCAUCAGUACCAUGAGGAUAAAGAGCAAGGAAAGAACACGGUGGUGGUCGGGAACUGGAACGCCAUGGAACAUACUGAGUGGGCCAAGAAGAACGUCGCCCGUUCCUACCAGCUCAAAGAGGAUGGAGUGCAGAAAGUCAAGUUGGUUUCCCAUUUUUAUGGCCACGGGGAUAUGUGUGAUCUGACAGGGAAGCCCAGACAGGUCAUUGUCAAGCUCAAAUGUAAAGAGUCAGAGUCUCCCCAUGCUGUCACUGUCUAUAUGCUGGAGCCUCAGACUUGUCAGUACAUCCUUGGGGUUGAGUCUCCGGUUAUAUGCAGGAUUCUUGACACUGCUGAUGAACAUGGACUUCUGUCAAUCUCCAGCUAAACUAAUAAAGAUCAUAUGACAGCA